GAUCGGACGACAACCGAAACGAGAGUGUAAAUAAAAAAUAAAAGUGUAAGAAAAUCGUUUAAAGUAGUCAGACUCGGUUCAGAUUUCAGAGAAGCCCUUCUUCUAUUUUGCUCCCAUUUGAGCGCCGUAUCUGGGGUUUAACCAAAAAACACCCUAGACAAGCAUCGAUAUCAAAUCAGCGAAGUUUUCAAUUAUCUACUUCAUCAUCGCCAGCUAUAGUAGAAGAAUUCACAUCAAACGCUGUUAAAAUCAUCAUAUCAGGUUGCACAAAACAAUGGAAGAAUCGUCAAGCUUAUCAAUUAUUGACAGUGUGGGUGAUAGAAUCAGUAACUUAGCUGAAGCCCUAAUUCAUCACAUUCUGUCUUUCCUUGACAUGUAGUUUGUAGUUCAAAUAUUUGUUUUGUCCAAAAGGUGGAGAAAUGUAUGGCGUUCUGUGUCGAAUUUAGUCUUCAGUGGCGAUGCUUUUGGCGAACGUGGAGUUGAGCAGCUGAAGAAGCUUAGAAAGUUUGUUGAUAAGGUACUUAUGCUAAGAGGCUUUUAUGAUAUACAUGAGUUUCAUCUUCAUUGGGAAUAUCGGCAGACAGAUGAAAUAUUACACGAAUAUCUAAAUGGCUGGAUACUUGUUGCGUUAAAUUGUAAUGUCCAAGACUUAUGUAUUCACAUUGAAGGUGAUGAGGACAGCGAAGAUGAUCUAGAAAUGAGGUUUCCACAUUCUCUGUUUAGUUCUCAAUCGUUAUGGAAGUUGGUAUUAGAAAUGACUUUUAAUUAUGAAUCAAAAGUUAUUCUUCCUAAAUCAGUAGAUUUGCCUAGGCUCAAAUUUAUGUCGCUUAGUUCGUUUUUUGUUGAGGAUGGAGAUUCGCUUAAUAUACUUAUCUCAAGCUGUCCAAUUCUUCAAUCGCUGAUCUUGAGAGAUAUUUGGAUCGAAGAUGGCUAUGAUAUGGUUGUCAAUAUUGAGUCCAAUGAACUGAAGCAUUUAGGAAUCAUCAAUAAUAUUGACAAGCUUGUUUGUUACCAUUAUAACAUGGCCAAUGUUAUCAGGUUAUCGACUCCAAAUUUGACAUCAUUCAUCUGUGAAGAUUACAUGAUACAAGAGUAUUUUCUAGACAAUGUUUCUUCUCUAAUCACUGCUGAUACUAAAAUUUUGAGAGAAGGAGAAUACUCAUCUUUUAGAUAUUACGAUCUGAAAAUUUCUGAAGCAGAGAAAGACAUAUUAUAUCCUAAGCGUAUGAUGGAAUUCAUCGGUGCAUUUCAGAACAUAACAGAGCUACAAUUUCAUCACCUGGAUUCUUUCAGGAACAUCCUUUCAGCAGGUCAGUUUUCUUGACGACAGUAAACCAGUAGCUGAAACAAUAUCUUCAUGGUAGGUGCGAUCGAGUAUGUGAAUCAUAAAUACCAUGCGAAAUUGAUGGUGCUGCUGAAGGUGCAGGAAAACUUUUAAACGCCUUUGUUUUGUUUCCUUCCAUCAGGUAGAUAUUAAAAAACGAAAAUGUUAGAUCUACCGUGAAUUGGUACUUCGGUGUGCACCGUGUGAGAUAGAAAGCUGGCCCCACUUGAACCCUUUCUAAUCCCAAUGCAGAGAAGUGCUGCCGGGACCGCACGAUCACCUCUCAGUACACACUGCGGUACAAAAGCACGGUGUGUCUAUCAUCACUCGUUAAAAAAAGGAAGCGCUUGUUUUAGCUUAUCUAGGAUUGCCUCUCUCUCCGGUCUUUAUCAAUUCUUUCAGUUGGCCAAAGUCUUGUCCUUGACCAACGGGCAGUAGAAUCAGUAACUUUAGUUAAUUGGACCUCCAUUUUUCUGAUAUUUUCUUGAAUGGCAUUUGUCAUUUGUGCUGUUCCUCCA